AGCAAGUCCCCUUUAUCUUGGGAGUCUCUGCACCGACAGUAUGAAUCCAAUGAAUGGUCCAGGCGGUGCGCCCGCCCUGUGGCAGGAGGCCCGCAACGCUGAAGGUCGCGUCUACUACUACAAUGUUCAGACUAAAGCCACGCAAUGGGCGAAGCCCGUCGAGCUAAUGACUCCGGUUGAGCGCGCGUUGGCGAAUCAACCGUGGAAGGAAUACACGACGGAUAAUGGGCGGAAAUACUGGUACAACACCGAAACCAAGCAGAGCACCUGGGAGAUUCCAGAUGCUUACAAAAACGCUCUGGCGCAGGCUCAGCCUCCUCAGCCUCCCCCUGUAGCAGCUCCGACAUUCGUUGCAGGCGGAGUCAGCUCGUUUCCAUCGUACCCCCAGCAGAGAGAACGCGAUGACUACGAUCGAGGCUAUGGCGACCGCCGUGGAGGCUAUAAUGCAAUGGACGCUAAUGGUCUUGCAGCGGCACCCGUCUUAGGGAACCAGCAAGCCGAUCCUGAAUACGCUUCCCUUGAAGAGGCCGAGGGUGCAUUCAUGAAGAUGCUGAAGCGCCACAAUGUGCAACCCGACUGGACUUGGGAGCAGACGAUGCGCGAGACCAUCAAAGACCCUCAGUAUCGUGCCCUGAAAGACCCUAGAGACCGCAAAGCAGCCUUUGAGAAGUACGCGGUCGAGGUUCGCAUGCAGGAAAAGGAUCGGGCGAAAGAAAGAUUCGCUAAGCUCAGAGCAGAUUUCAAUACCAUGCUGAAGCGUCAUCCUGAAAUCAAGCACUACAGCCGGUGGAAAACCAUUCGGCCGAUUAUUGAGGGUGAGACUAUCUUCAGGUCCACAGACGACGAGGCUGAGAGACGCCAGUUGUUUGAGGAAUACAUCAUUGAGCUCAAGAAGGAGCACGUCGAACAAGAAGCGGUCAAGCGCAAGGCUGCCAUGGACGAGUUAGUCAAUAUCCUGAAAUCCUUGGAUCUUGAGCCUUAUACACGCUGGUCUGAGGCGCAGGCGAUCAUCCAAUCCAACGACAAAGUCCAGAGCGAUGAUAAGUUCAAGACGCUUAGCAAGUCUGAUAUCUUGACCGCAUUUGAGAACCACAUCAAGGCGCUGGAGCGAGCAUUCAAUGAUGCCCGUCAGCAGCAGAAAGCCGCGAAGGCCAGAAAGGAGCGCCAUGCUCGAGAGCAAUACAUUGAGCUCCUUAAGGAACUAAGAUCACAGGGCAAGAUCAAGGCCGGCAGCAAGUGGAUGAAUAUUUAUCCUCUGGUUAAUGAAGACCCCCGGUACCUUGGCAUGCUGGGAAAUGCUGGGUCGUCUCCGAUUGAUCUCUUCUGGGAUGUGGUAGAGGAGGAGGAGCGGUCGCUGCGCGGCCCCCGCAACGAUGUCUUGGAUGUACUUGAUGACAAACGCUUCGAGGUUGCGCCAAAGACCACUUUCGAAGAGUUUAACGCAAUCGUAUCCGCCGAUCGCCGGACAGCGAACAUUGACCCCGAAAUUCUGCAACUGAUUUUCCAGCGGAUUCAAGAGAAGGCCGUUCGACGCAACGAAGAGGAGAAGCAUGCCGCAGAUCGCCAUCAGCGACGUGCCAUCGACGCACUCCGCUCGCGCAUCAAACACCUUGAACCCCCUGUCAGAGCCAACGAUACAUGGGACCAAGUACGACCCAGGAUUGAGCGGUUCGAGGAAUACAAGGCCCUGGAAGCCGACGAUCUCCGCCAGGCGGCCUUCGACAAGGUGAUCCGGCGCCUGAAGGAGAAAGAAGAGGACGCUGAGCGAGACCGGGAGGCCCGUGACCGAGAUCGCGGCGGCAGCCGUCGCGACCACCACGAUCGGGAUCGGGAUCGGGAUCGGGAUCGGGACCGUGACCGCGACCGUGACCGCGACCACCGCAGCAGUCUCUCCCACCGUGGCGAACGGCGAGGAGCAUCCAGCCGCCUCAGCCGGACCCCGGAGCCUGACGCCUAUGAGGCCGACCGCCGCAAAGCCCAGGCCGACCGCGAACGCUCCUACCGCAAAGUCAGCGGCCUAUCGCCGGUGCGCGAGCGCCGCGAAGACCGGGAUCGAGACCGCGAGCGCUACCGCGAGCGCGAACGGGAUCGGGAUCGGGAUCGUGAGCGUGAGCGAGACCGCGACCGGGAUCGUGACCGCGACUGGGACCGGGACCGCAGCGCUCGCUCCAUGAGCCACUACGACCGCGAGCGUCGCGAUCGCGAAGAGGAACGUGAGCGCCUCUACCGCACCCGCGGCGACCCUCGCGGCAGCCGUGAUGAACUGGACUACGGCGCCGACACGAAGAGCACCGCCAGCACCGACCGGCGGCGCAGACGGGACAGUGACGCCGAGAGCGUAGCCAGUCGCUCUGCCAAGCGGUACCGGCGGGAAAGCCGAGAACGCGAUCGCAGCAGAGGUGGUGUUGCUCGCAGGGGAACCGCAGGGGAGAGAGACCGGCGCGAACGAACCCCCAUCGUCGCCGGCACAGGCACCGCUGCAGCGCCUGCUUCGGCCGCCCCGGGCCCUGCAGCAGCCGUAGCGGAAGAAGCCAAGAAAGAGGAGAAGGCAGUCCAUUCCGGUAGCGAGGAGGGCGAAAUCGAAGAAGACUAAGCUAGGUACCUUGCUAGCUGGUUUACGAUUCUGGUCCCGCAAUACUGGUCAAUGACGGCUACCUCGACAAACCGCUAUUCUGGCGGGGUUCCUUCCCUUUUCUUUUUGCCUUCACCUCCUCCUCCUCGAGGCUUAGAUAGAAAACGGCCGAAUUCAUGUCCUCUUUUCCGAAUUGACAAUGAAUGUACGGAUGUUGUGUCCUAGAUUUUGUAUUCU